AUGACUCAACAUGAUAGCCCCUCGAAACUAGCUGCAGGUGUUCAAGCUAUAAGAUCAAGCGGUGUGGUUUUUGAUAUGAUUUCUUCCUCUAUCAUUAAACCAUCAACUUCAGUUUCACGAGUUUCUGAAAAGGAUAUGAAAGAUUUCAAUCAAAUGAAACUUUUAUCUUCUAUAUCACCACUUUCUACUUUUCUUGAUAAGAAGAAUCGUAGAAAGACGGUGAUUAGACCCACCUCUUGUGAAAUGUUCUGGGAAAAUGAAGGCUUGAACGAUGAUUUGGCUCCGACUCCUACGACUGCGACUACAUCAGGGUCCGCAUUAACUACACCGGCCGCAAUUUUAACUCAAUCUUCAACACCUAUCAGACCUGACUUGACUCCUUGGGAUCAAGUCAUGAAUCGAGGGACAAGAUUAGCCGGUAAGCAAUGCCUACGUCCCAACAUGUCGAGAUUUGGUAGUUUACCCAACUCAGCGAUUCCGAAGAGGCCAACUCCUACAAUCGAUGGAGUCACAAAUUCUCUUCCUGGGGGCAGCCGACCUAGCAUGAUAUUGAUGGGUAGAAGGACAACUGUUGCAGAAGUCGAAAUAGUUAAACGUUAUCCAUUCGAGAUUCCAGGCCCAAAUGAUACAGUUCGAUUUGGGAACGCAUUGAAUAGAGCGUUGAUCCUGCAUUUGAGUCGACUUUGUGAUAUUGGUACUGAUGAAGCGGAGAGUAAUAGUUAUUGGAGUGCAUCUGAAUAA